AAUGAUUUGUGGUUGUUAGUGUGUGGAGCGCUUUUGGACUAUUUAUUUGAAACUUUCUAAGUAUUAGAUUUUAACUUCAUUCAUAUCGACCUUGAACUGAAGGAUUUCAUCAUGGUUGCAACAAGCACAUUGAAGAACAAGAACUCCGAAUGCAUCUUGGAUUUUGUUGAUCGAGGUUACGAUCAGUCCUGCAUCGACAACGAAUUGGACUUUUGGGAGCGCUGCCUGUCCGAGCCAUACCUGAGCACCGAGGCAUUUGAGGAGCGUGCCUGCCAACAGCUGGCUCGACUGCUCGAGGGCUGUCUGGCCCGAGCAAAAACCAGCACCCUGCACUGCGCCCAAGUGUUGGUUCCCGAGACACUGACCAAGCGGGUUGCCCGGGACGUUUUGCGGCUGGCCGCAUGCGAGCCGUGCGGGCUGCGCGGUUGCCUGUUGGACGUGCGCCUCGAGCUUGAGGAGAAUCAUCAACGACGCUGUGCAAGGCUAGAGAAAUUGGCUUGUGAUGCCAGCGUGGUGCCCACCUUCGAACUGACACUGGUGUUUAAACAAGAUGGUGGCAGCUGGCUGAACUUGCGGGACCUUCUGCGGAUCAACACUUGCUUCUCUCGCCGAGCACUUAGGCUUGGCCCUGGGUUCAGGCUCGUUAAAAAGAAGCUUUACUCCUCAGCGGCUGGUACCGUGGUUGAGGAGUGUUGAGCCUUUAGGAGGGGUUCAAUAAAAAUAACAUGCACUUCAACACUUCAGGAUGUGAAUGUAUAGGCUGCUUCCGAGUAGCUUGGUUUUCUGCACUUUUUAUACUGUAAAUGUGAACUAGUUUAGUAGUCACUGGAUGUUCUGUUUGGGGGAAAAUGCAUUGGAAAUGGUGGUGGUUGAUUGUAAUGUUUUUGCAGUUUGUGUAAUGAGGCUGUGCCCAUAACUUUGUGCUGUCUCUAUUGUUAACUGUUUGAUAGAAAAAGAAAAAAAAACAUUUCUAAAUAUAACUGGCUUUUCCCCAGUAUUUAUGCUUGUAUAAACAUGCUGCCGAGAUCAUUUACUCUCAGUGGAAGUGUGUGUUUGAGACACCCCAAUCCCAAAAAAUAUGCUGCAAAUGUUUAAAAGAAAAAAAAUGUGUAAAAAAAAAAAUCUGAUCGAGUGAUUGUUCAGUAUCUGAUCUGCUUCUCCCAAGACAUGUUCUGUCUCUUCUGUCACCUUUGACUGCAGUGCUGUUACAAGGACUGAAUGUAUUUUUAAGAGGUUCCUGUUUCAGGAAGUGGCAAAUUCUUGUCUUUCUUGACAAUAAACUAUUUUCUUUA